GUCACGCGUCGAACACAUUGCCCCAGUUUCGCUCCGGUUCGGUUGUUGCUUCGCCCAGUGUACAGACAAGGGGGAGACAUCCUGCUUCCCCAGGAGUGGUGGAGUUGCAGGGAAGUGAGCAAAAGUGCUAGCGAGGGGCUCGGGUUUUAUAACGGUUUUGUAUUCCUGCGCUGCAGCUCAAGUGUUUAGGUUGGAGCGAAAAUAGUGGAAAUAUAUUAAAUUACUUAAUUCGAGCUGUAAUCAUACACAGUUGGAGUGCAAUUAGAAGUUUUUCAACCGGUCGUAUUCGAAGUGUCGUGGGUACCACAAAUUUAGAAGUGAUAUGACUUGUGAACGAAGUGUGAAUUUGAAUCCUUUGGAUUCUUGAACCGAUCCGGAUCAGGUGGCUUAUAUUUAUGCGUAUUUUAUCGUGUACAGUGGAAGCACUUAUCGUUAUUGUGGUUUGAAAGCUGUGGAACAAUCAACAGAGUCUGCAUAUUACAGGGGUGUUGGAAUCUCCCUUUUCACAUUUAGUGAGGCAAAAUUUUGUCAUCAUUGACGAAGCUGCGGGGAAGUAUCCGCAAAGUUCAACCCAGGCGAGACUGGUUCGGCGCAGGAGACCUGAAUGUUUCAUAUUGCGUAAUUCGAGUUUUAUCGGAAAAAUCAAAUAUCACCUUCGAAGUGUUCUAGGUGCGUUAAUUAAUUGGCGAGCGAAAUGGACUGUGUGUAGGCCAAAGUGUGUUCGAUGAUAAAAAUAAUCCGAUGCAUAAAAAUAUAGUGAUUGUUUAAAGUGCAAAAACAACUUUAGAAUUUGGAUUACAUGGAUUGUUCGGAAGCCCACGGGAUUGUGCUGAAACGGCCUGGUGAAUGGGAAUCGUGUUAGAUCGAGAUAAUCUUCGGAAGAUGCUCCCGUGGCCGCAAUAUCUAGUUCAACCCCAGCACCAAGUGUAUCAGUCUCGAGCAGAACCAGAUACCGAAGAUUACAAGCUGAGAGUUGCUUCAUCCUAGCGCCGGGCAGCGCAAUCCUUGCAAGUCGAACACGGCAGAAGCCGAUACGCGGUGCUAUUGAUUCCACAUACUGCGAACCGGAACAGGUGCAAUUAAAUGUGAUUUAGAGCCACCGGUCCGAUUAAAGAGAUAACGGUGAGAAAUGGGCGUCUCUGUUCGGCAGCGGUAAUUUUAAAAGCAAUUUCCCCCGCGCACACACCACCGCCACACAGUAGUGCGCUGUGGCCGGAAACUCGAUCGCCAUCGCCGCGCGGUUUUCGCUUCGGUGUUUUGCAGGAGCAGUGUACGUACGUGUAUGUGGAGUGGCUCCUAGGUGUGAUUGCUGCUGCUGCUGGUGCGAAUACACGCCUACUUCAAUCCUGGUUGUCUGGCAGUCAUUGCAUUGACAGCUAAAAGCCCGUGUGUCAAUCUGUGGGGAUCGUAUGAAUGAAAAUACAGCGUAAAAUCUACAUUUUCCUGAUUAAAUUUAGUGAUGUGUUUUCCAGCAACCCUGCCGCUGGGUGGAGGUGUACGAGCAGACGGAGACGUCCUUGCGAAGAGUGAUUGUAUUUGAACGUGAGCUGUACAGGUGAAUUAGGGAUGGAGAAGAGUAAGUGAAAGCGAGUAUCGGUGGUUCGGUGAGAGGUUAGAGAAGGAGAAAAUAAAAUAGAAUAAGAAAAUAAGUCGAGUCCGUUCCGUUUCGAUGAGUGAACCAGUGAGUGAGUGAAGGAACGAAGAGUAGAAAAUUAAAUUGGAGGUGAAAUUUAUUGCGAUCAGAUAGGAUUUAGUGGAAAGGUAAAGGCGACAGGAACGAGUGGAUGUGGAUUAAAGUAAUUACAAGGAUUCGAAAGAAGAUUAAUUAGUGAAUUUGAUGUUUGUCUGCCAUCUGAAACAGGCGAGAGGAUUUCAUCAUACAGCAUAAAUAUCACACUACUACAGCUGUUUCGUUUCAUAUUGAUAACAAAACGGAUACCCUAGGACGAUUACAGCAACAGUAGCAGUAGUAGCAGCACCCACCAGCUACCAAACAAUGGCUGCCACAAUGAGAUCCGGAGGUCUGCAUCACGCUUCCUCGCUCGGGAACAUCGAGGCAUCUUCGUCACAGUCGAGUGCAAAUCUAGCGGCACGAAGUUACGAUUCUGAGGAUGAAACCAUGGGCAGAAAAAAAGGACGGCCUUUCGACACGGGACCUGGCUCCAGGCCACCAGUCUACUCGAAGGGGGACAUCCGCGAACAGUACUGCUUAACAGAUAGACAGCUCAGCUCGAUAGAACAGCCACGGAGAGAACGAUUUUUCGGCUGCUGGUCCGGCCGUAAUGCACCGCAGUCCUUUCUGGGGGUGUGCGUUGGACGUCGGGCUCCAUCCGAUGAGAACCUGGCAGACUACGCACCUAUGCAGCGGUAUCCCAGAUACAUCCAACCGGGGCCAAUAACCAAAUCCAUUCUGCAGCAGUACGACGAUGAGUUGGACAAUCCGUAUUUUCGACGAAAACCAACGUCGUUUUUGGCGGGAAGUGGUGGCGGUGGAGGCCCAAUGGUUACGGGAAGCAGCGCCACCCUGCCGGCAGGAGACACGAGACGUUGCACCUGGAUGCCUAUGGAUGACGAUGCCGUACGGAUAGAGGGUCCAAGAACCUGCCAUCGGCAGCAGAUACAACAGCAACAACAACAACAGCAACCAUCUGAAGUGGACCACUCGCACAGUCCAAGUCCCAUUGGACCCAACUUACCAUUCAUUGUCGGUAGCCCAUUGCUGGCAUAUCCUUCGGCAAAUGCGGCUGCCUAUUUGAGUCACAGCACCGAACAUCUAACCGGACUGUACCGAUGUCCAGCACACACAGACCUGCCUCCAGUUCCAUCGCCACCACCUCCGCCACCACCAGCAGCAAUAGCCAACAUUGGCCUUAUCGAUGGCGUAGCAGGCGGACCACCAAGAACCAAGCACGUCAGCUUCGCCCGAUCCUACACUCUGACGUCCUUCGACGAAGCCAUGGGUGGUCGACCCCGUCUGGCGGCAGCUAGAAGCCAAGAAAGACUGAUAGGUGGUAAAAAGCCUACGAUAACACUAUCCCAGCAGCAGCCAACCACUCAGUUCGGAACGCCCAUGCAUUCGAUCCUGCAGCAACCGAACCAUCAACCACUUCUGGCUCAGCAGUUGCAACAGCAGCAAAUGGUUGGCCCACCGCAGCCACCCUCCAUUCAUCAGCACAUUCACACCCACCAGCUUCAUCUUCAACAUCUUCAACCGGUUCAUCCUACUCAGCUCAUUAGUCAGCAUCAACACCAGCAUCAGCAUCAGCAUCAUCACCCCAUGGUGGCUUCGCAAACCCCACAACACCAGCAGCAGCAUCAGCAGUUGCACCAUCAACCUCCUGGAGGUGGGUCGCUACUGGUUCCACCUUUACCACCGGUCGGAACAGCUGGUACCCAGCAGGAGGUUCUAGUGGUAGAGAAAAUUAAACGCAGUGCCAUGAAAACACAAGCCACUCAAACUGAGGUUUAUUUGGGCAAAAAAGCAGCUACACCGCACAAACUUUCGCUGAGUCCCCGGACAAUUCACAGGGUGAGAAUGGUUUCACAAGGAGCGCAAACGAACGGUGGCCUGAAUGGACGUAAGCUGACAAAGAGCCUUUCCGAAGCGGCAGAUCGAUUGCAAGAGAACGGAAUCGAUGGGAUGCAGGAAGAACCCAAGACUCCCACAGAACAUGAGCAACUCCAUCGAACUCAGUCCGAAGAACCACCCAAGUCACCAUUUAUCAUCACCUCACCGCCAUCAAAAUCACCGCUCAUGCAACAUUUCGAACUGCCGUCGCGUGCGUCGUCUCAGCUGAGCCACUCGGAGACCUCGCGCAGUGACAUCUAUCCGCUAGAUAACAUUAUGACCCACUCUAGGAAUCACUCGCAGGACAGUGCUACUUCGUGCCGGUCAACCGAUGGGUCUCGGUCGUCCUACGAAACAAGUUCCUAUCCGUACGAGAUGUACGACAGUGUCGUUAUUCCACGGCGAGGGAGUCAUACCCUUUCAACCGAACCGUACCAAGUCCUUCGCAGAGACAUCGAACCAAUUCACUAUCAUGGCCACGAAAAUGGCUACGCAUUCGAAACACAAAGCCUUCCGCGGCGAGUCUGCAUUCAUCACAAACCGGACGAAUUCCAUACUCACACAUUGCCACGUCGCGAUCAUCAUCCGCAUCACCAUCACGAGCUCAUCUUCAAGGAUCAGCUCAAGCUACCUCCCCAGGAGGUGCUGAUCUCCAACGGAAACGUUAACCAAAAUAUUCGUUCUUUCGACAGCAACAGUCUCAAUAGACGAAUGUCCGCCCAUGUAACGGUGCACCAAGAUAAGCAAAGCCAACAACGAAGAGCUUCUUAUGCUUACGUAGACCCGAACACCCACACGCUGACCAGGCGAAACUCAAUCUCCCACCAACAAGUUCAAAAAGUUCAACCCAUGAUCCAAGCUCAACAAUACCAACAACCUCAGAAGCAACCCCAGGUCCAAUCACACCAGCAGCAACCUCAAUUUCAACCACUCGUCAAACCCCAACCACCAAUCUACUCCCAACCUUCGCACCCACCGCCACCCUGUCCGAUCACUCCACCUAAUAUACAACCGAUCGACAUGCAAGAUGACACCAAGUCUUCCUCCGACGGAAGCUGCUCCACCUGUGACUCCGAAAGCGACCGAGAUGAUAAAGAAGAGGAAGAAAUCUUCAUUGAUUUCAAACCUCGAGUGUCACCCGUUCCCUCGCCAAAUGUAGUGAAGAAGAAAAAACUGCAGAAGACCCUUUCCGAGGGAGAAAUCCUACUCGAUCGAAAAAAGACCAAGUCCGACGGGGUAGCACCGAUUUCGGCCAGUGAGGAAGAUCUCAAAUCACCCGGAGCAAUCGUUCAGCAGGACACCAAUCUGGAGUUCAGCGAAACACCAAUCAAAGACGAAGGGGUCUUCAUUGGCAGUCCGGGAGAUUCGGACCGACGGAAGGAAUCGUUCCGCAAGCGUUCGGUCAGUCUGGAUGAACCGAUCAGCUUGGAAGAGGAAAAAGGUUUACUCGAAGAACUGGAAGCGGAUUCCAAGGACGAUCGUAUGAUGACGGCUCCUCCGUCGCCUUCGAGAGAGGAAAAACUCUCGAUCAAAUCACACUCUCCCUUUCACUCGUCGGAAUCGCUAGCCACCCGGGACAACUCCGAUGGGAUUUGGAACGAAUCGCAGACUACCAUUAUGACGCCGAGCAUAACCGAGAACGGUAAACUGACACCGUCGUCCAGAAGGAAAAAUUUGCUGCUUCAGCAUCAGCAGCGUAGUUCGCUGGAUACUGAUGCCCUGGAUAUGGAGGACAUUGCUGAUCAGCCUCUCCCGCCCCUACCAGUCACCGUGGUUUCGCUGCAAAGUAUUCCAACCACAGCGACAACGUGCAUCUCGACAGCAGUGGCAUCACAGCUACCACCGACCGCAACUUCACCGUGCAGCCACGUGAACGUGAUGCCGCCAUCGACGACGACGACGCUGAUGACUGGCAUCGUGAAACCGACGCCCUCCAUCGCCAUCAUCCCAUCUCUCAGUAUGGAACGGGAGGAACGUGAGCUACAACAGCAGCGACAAAUGCAACAAAAGUCUGCCACCCUGAGACGCCCGUCGAGACCACUGUCGCCUUCGAAACGACGUGCCAGCGAGCAGAAGAAGCUUUCCAAGAUCGAACCGCUUAUUCAUAGCUCUCCUGACAGCAACGAACGAAUCGUGCCUACCCUAAAGGACCAAUCGCCGAUCAGUGCUCCAGCAACACCACUAAUGUCCCACCCACCGGAUCUAGUUAGGCCUUGCGGUCCAACGCCCAUCAAUCCUGUGCUACCGGCGGCGGCGGCGGGGGGUGUAUGUCCGAACCGACUGCAGCAAGCGGCUCGCUUCGAACAAGCCAAACUAAAGGGGUUUGAUGAUAGGGAUCUACUCGGCGAUGGUGGUGCCGGUUCCGAAGGAAGCACCACCGAAGAUUACGCCACCUGUACUGACAACUCGAAACGUACCGGUUCCGGACAUACCGCCACCGGCGGAGGAGCUGCCAAAGGUAUAUUUAAAAGCACCCACGUCAUUAGACCAACAACCAAACAAGUAACAGCCACCGUAACCCAGGAGGGUUCCUCUUUUGAAAGUGCCUCCUCCCUGUACAGCCUGGCUCGGGUUGAUGCAAUCUGCGAAGACACACCUCCGAUCGAGGAACAAUCAUCGACCCCUCAAAUUCCACCCCUGCCACGGCCUUCGCCGACUCAUUCGAUGAGCAGCAGUUCCAGUGGAAGUUUCAACAUGGCCAGUAAGAAAACUUCCCCCUCCCAGUCAACCAUGCCGAAAUCACUGCCAGCCAAAACGAAAAUCAAACCGGAAUCGGUUUCCGACGACGAACGAAGUGAAAAGCGAUACUCUUCCUCGCACGAUGAAAAGGACAUCAAGGGUACGCUUACGAGACCUGUUCGCCGGGGACGUGAUUGGAAUGAAGAAGAACGGCGGAGGAAAAAGAGUACUUUUAAACUUGAGUUCGACAAGGAUUCAAUUAAGACGUACACGACUCCGAUGCUGAGACAGCCAAGCCCCGGUUUCAAGAAGAUCUCUCCGGAAGACAAGAGCGCUUUGAGCAUUUUGGACGGUACGAGUCCCAGCAGCAAACAGAAACGAUUCCGACCUAAGACUAGAAAAUCACCACGAACACGAACCACCAUUGGAGAUGACGCGGUUAGCACCCCUAUGCGACGAAUCAAAACUCCCCUGAUCAGAAGCCCGGAUAAGCCCCAGAUAGCAACACUCCCAACGCAAGUCGUCACACCUAAACUAAACCCAACACAGUUCUACUCGCAAAUCACAAGUCCUCCCUCGGGAAGCUCCCCCAGAAAGCAGAAGAUAUCUCCGGAGAAACGGUUGAAAGCGAUUUCUACGGAAUCGCUGCGAUCGGUUUCACCCGGUUCGGAUUCCGUGUUUUACAGCGAAGCGGAUGCACUCUCCCAGUCCGAACAGCAGAUUCAUUGUCAUCACUGCGGCAAGGAGGUAGAGGUCGCCAGUGUUCCCGGAGAAUCGGAAGAAUCGAUAACGGCGCUAACGCUGGAUUCGACUGACGCCGACCGACCGGAUAUCGUUCAACCUCCGGAAGGUUUCGCCGAUUCACCCGACUGCACCAAAACCCCGCACCAUACGCGACUCUACAAAAAGAUGGACAAGCGAUUUCGCUCCGAAGAUCGACACACCGAUCGGAGACACUACAAACCGAGGCAGGAGUAUAGAGCGAAGAGUGAAGAACGCGGUGGGAAAGAUGACACGGAGCAGAACACCUUACGACCCGCAGGAUCUUCACCUUGUGUCGCGCCUGUAGGUCCACACGGUGAUCCCCAAUCGGAACCGGAGCAGGGUAUUUAUCAUGGAAAUUACAAAGCCGGCUUGUGGAUCUGUAUUGCCGAUCGGGACGUCUGGAGAAGGCACGAUCUGGGCGGUGAGGGAAGCUUCGAUCGACCCCCGCGCGAUUUGGCCGAACGUCGAGGUUCAACCGAAUCCGAGCGGGAUUUUCGCAAAAAGUAUCAAGCCAUCACGCACAGGCUGGUGCACCGGAAGUCAUGCGUAGAAAUGUACCGCAGACAAAAUACGAAUAGCUUUGAAUCGGACAAAAUGGUUGUGGUGAGUAGAAAGUCGGGAGAGUUUGGGUUUCGGAUACAUGGAUCCAAACCGGUAGUGGUUUCAGCCAUCGAGCCGGAUACUCCGGCAGAAACUUCGGGCUUAGAGGUUGGCGAUAUCGUCCUUUCCGUCAACGGAAUAUCAGUGAUCGAUAAGAGCCACUCGGAGGUGGUGAAGAUUGCUCACGCUGGAAGCGACACGUUGGAGCUUGAGGUUGCUCGUACGAUCGGAGUCCUCUCGCCGCUGGAGGACAGCACAACAAAUCCGGCGAUAUAUUCCGGUUUUCUGUGGCGUCACUCAAACACAACACCCAACAAAUGGGUUCGACGGUGGUUCUCGCUUCGGCCUGAUCACUGCCUGUACUACUACAAGUCUGAGUUGGAUAACCAACCAAUUGGUGCUAUUAUUUUGACGAACCACAAAGUAGAAAGACUGGUCAUGGACGCUGCUGGGCGUCAAUUUGCUUUCGCUGUUCACACCGAGGAAGGAACGAAAGUUCAGCUAGCGGGAGAUACUGACGAAGCUGCGAGUCGUUGGAUUGCCAUUAUUAGUCACGCUGCUCAGCAAAGUGAUCCUUGGUUAGAAAACAGUGCACGGAACUUACGACUGCCCGCGAAUGGAAUUCACAAACCAGACUGCGCCGGCCCGCUGACCAAGCUGGGUAGUAAAUGGCGCUCCUGGACCAAGCGGCACUGUGUACUGAAGGAUGCUGUACUGUACUUCUACCACGAAGCAAGUAGUAAAAGCGCGUUUGGAAUGGCAUGUCUGCAAGGCUAUAGGGUGCAACCAUCAUCUGCAGGUGGUAAAAAGUACGCGUUUGAAAUUGUUCCUCCGGAGCUGAGCCUGCGGCACUACUACUUCCACACAGAUACGGAAAUGGACAAGAAACGCUGGGUAGCCGCUCUGGAAUACUCGAUAGAUCGAUGGAUGAAGGCUGGCUGAAACACACUGAAACGAUACGAGCAGCUCGUAUAGUACACAUUUAGGGGCAAGCAGAGCGGAAAGCUCUGCACCUUCGCUUUACUGUCGACGAUAUAUUCACUUUUCUAGCCUUGCCUUCGAAGCAUAUUCUUUGGCGUUCCAAUUUGAUCUAAAUAAAAAAAACCGAGAGCUCGGACCGGAAACUUUGGUUAAUGUCCGAGUCCGGAUAAACGCAAUCCGAUCCGGCCGGUCCCAAUUAAUUUGAGCCGGAGCUGGGAGAGCACAGAGAUAAAGUACGACGACGCAGUUAGCAAAAGUGUCAAAAUUGUAAAUUAUUUGGCGACCGAAAUAGGAUUAGUAAUUAUAGUUAAUAAUUCAAUGGCUAGAAACGGAACGUGAUCGUAAAUGCGUCAUUGUCGAAAUAAAAACCGUAACGUGUACGUUUAGAUGCUCAAAGCGAGUUGUUGUCCUAUUUGGUAAGAUUUUUUAAUGCUUAAUUUUUGUCAGUGCCAAAUCCACGAUACAUGCAAGUUACGGGACUAUUUAAUAUUAACUAGGGACAGUGAAAUUUUGAACCAACGAACUGAAGCAAGCAAGUGUAGUUGUACCGGGUAAGUCAUAUUUACGAACGAAUAGUAAAAAAAUCAAAAUACAACAAAUUACGCACAUUCCCCAGAAAUUUUGUCAGGCUAGAUGUGUAUACCGCGUACCACAGUGGAUGUUACUUAUUAUAUCGGUGUAAUGUAUUCUAAAGCUAUUCCGGAGUGGGUGUCAGCCAAAAGAACUCACGGGUAAUAGGUAAUUGUAGUAAUAUGCCACAAAAUAAUUACGUAAUAGUCUGUUAGCGGAAAGUUUGAAAAUUUGGAAAAUGUUAGAAACGAAUGUAAACGAACCGUGCCGGGUUCAAUUCAAACAGAAAAGUAUAGAGCUGAACCGAAAGAUUGUCUUAUGUGAGCAGAUAAAUAUUUUAAGUGAACUUGGUAAGUUAGAUAUUUAUGUGAAACAGUCCGAAAAAUUAAUGUUUAGAAUUUUAUAGUAUUGCUGUUUUUGUUAGACCGAAAAAUGUUGAAUAGUUUAUCUGAUAGUUGAUAUUUGAUUUGCGUAUUUGCAGCCGAUGGAUAUUUUAUGUUGUACUCAAACGAUAAAUAUAUGAAAUUCGAGCGAUUCAUAUCAAUUUUAUAAAUACUACAUAAGAGCAAUACGAAGGGAAUGGUUAAAUUUGAGCAACGAAUGAAAUUCUUAAACUUUUUUCAAAUAAUUCCCCUUACCGUAGAUUUUCUAUCAGUUGGGCUAGGUAUGUUUAUUCGGCCAAAAGAACAUUAUCAUUCAUCUGCCAAUUCGUCAAGAUGCACAAAUUUCAUCAUUCGUUUCAUAUCUCAAUUGCAAGAUUGCAAUUUAACCAAAAAUAAACAUAAAAAUAUUUUCUAAUAAACCAAAUCAUUGGAGAGCCGAAAUGUACAGUUUUUGCCAGUAAUUUCUGCACAUGUUUAUAAGCAAAUUCUUUUCAGACUGAUAUCGAUACGGGUGCAUUCAAAAUUAGAAACUCACUCUGUUUUCGUUGAUUUUUAACACGAAAUCCCUGUCAAAAACUGAUGAAUCGCCUUUUCCGGAUAUAUAAACAAAAAACAAAAAUGAAACAAUAAGUGCUUUGGUCUUCGUGACAGGUAUAGUAGUGACAGUUAUUUUGUACAGCAGACGCCUUAAGCCAUUUCCAACCAAUUCAUACUACCGGGUAUCUGAUGUUCAUCAUAUUUUCAAUACCUUCCAUAACAUGCUUAUCUAGAACUAAUUUUCUUUGCAGUAUAUAUUACAUUGCCAAUCGCAUCUUGUGAACCUCCAAACCACUACAACGCGUGUUCUCCAAUUAUUUUAUUUUUGAUCGAGGAAAAUCUUGGAAAUCUGUAACAGCAAUAUUUCUAACUAGCAUUUUAUUCGGUGUUCUGCAUUUAUGCUCCACGUAAAAUGCGAUUCAUGAUGGGUAUGCACAUGCUCGAUGUUGCAGCAAAACGACAAUAACUACAUCGGACAGAAAUGUCACAAAAUUUUACUUUGAACCUUCCCCACCCACUCAGAGUUUGUCGUAAGCAAGAUAACCCAUCUGCGGAUAUGGUUUCCCACAAACAAUAUUAAGAUUAGAACCUCUCUUACAAACAACCGUUCGGUUCUACGAAUUGUUUGUGGAAUGUUUCAUCAACGCGUUCCGAAGAUAUCCUGUUGUCCACUAAACACCACACUGAAAGCCAACAUAUAAAACAAAUGACCUUAAACGAACGGAAAGAAGUCGAGUUGUCGAAUGCAAAUAGUGUAACGAAAAAAAAACGAUUAAACACAUUUUUAAACCAUUAACUAAUAACGAGAAUGUAAUAAAUCACUAUAUAAAGGUAGUUAAAGUUUUUUAAGAAAUAUAUACUACAGAUGAAGUGUAGAUACAGUCGAAACGCCAUACAUUAGAAAUGAGCAUCCAGUUUAGAGUAUUUAUUAGGAUAUAAAAAUGAAACAUUUGAAGAGAUUUAGUGCGAUGUUCAAAGUUUUAUUUGGAUUAUAGUGAAAAAAAAUCAAGAUAAAUCGUAUAUUCAACACAUCCUACAAUCUAACCGGCACUCAUAUAUCCACACAGAAGAAAAUAUCAAAUAUCGACUAACCGUAAAAUAUAUCGAAUUCAUCCAACUGAAAAGGGGUAAAAGCUUAAGCCAAUGUUAGUAGCAUAUAGUGAGAGCGAUUAAACAAAACGCAAACUGCGGCACACGAUAGAAAACCAAACGAGAACUACUACCGCUCGAUCCACUGCCAGCCAAAAUCGGAGAAGCUCAGAAAAAAUGUGAAGAGAAACUAUUUCUUCGUCACGCCGAUAUGAUGCAGGUUGCCCGAAAAAUAUGCCGUUUUUCUGUAGGACUGGCCAACAAAAAAGGUGCAGAAUACGGUGCGAAAUAGACCAAUUCCUAGUGAACCAAAUGUGAGAUUACAAGAAAUAGAUGAUUAAUGAAUACUGAA